ACCGUUAAACAUCAACAGAUUCGGAGUCAUGCGCGAUUGAGUUAGGGCUCGCGACAGUACGUACUGUCCUGUGCAACAAUAUUUAAUCGAAGACAUUCCGGAAAAUAGAAGUGUUACAUAUUGUAUGAUUAAGCUACAGUAACACUUUUAGUUAUAUCGUUCAGUGAUUUGCAGGUCUAGACAGAGAGAAACGUCAAAUGAAGACGUUGUCUGUGGAGGAUGCACAUCGCUGUCAGUGUCAUUGGAUGUGGUGGAGUGUUUUUAAUUUAACAAUCAUCAUUCCGGAACGACAUCUACAAUAGUAACUAUUCAAAAUGAGGCUGUUUACGGUUUUAUUGAAAAACACCAAAAAAAUUGAAUAUUAUUCAAGAUUUUCACCGUCGCCUCUCUCCAUCAAGCAAUUUUUGGAAUUUGGUCGGGACAAUGCGUGUGAGAAGACAUCCUUUAUGUUCCUGAGGAAGGAGCUGCCGGUGAGGCUGGCUAACACCAUGAGAGAGGUCAACCUGUUGCCUGAUAACCUGCUCAGUCAGCCCUCAAUCAAACUGGUGCAGAAAUGGUACAUGCAGAGCUUUGUGGAGCUGUUGGGGUAUGAGAACAGAAAACCAGAGGAUCCUCAGGCCCUCAAUGAUUUCCUGGAGUUGUUGAUUGAGAUCCGUAAUCGUCAUAAUGACGUGGUCCCUACCAUGGCCCAGGGGGUUAUAGAGUACAAGGAGAAGUUUGGCUUUGACCCCUUCAUCAGCAGUAACAUCCAGUACUUUCUGGACCGUUUCUACACCAACCGCAUAUCCUUCCGCAUGCUCAUCAACCAACACACUCUCCUGUUCGGCAAUGACACUAACCCAGCCCACCCCAAACAUAUAGGCAGCAUAGACCCCACUUGCAACGUGGCUGAAGUAGUCAAAGAUGCCUAUGAGACAGCCAAGAUGCUGUGUGAACAGUACUACCUUGCUGCCCCUGCACUCCAGAUCCAAGAGUUCAACAUGAAACAAGACAAAGACAAAUCGAUCCAGGCUGUGUAUGUUCCCUCUCACCUCUUCCACAUGCUGUUUGAACUCUUCAAGAACUCUAUGCGGGCCUCUGUGGAGCUCCAUGAGGACAGUAAGGAGGGCUUACCUCCGGUGAAGGCCAAAGUCACACUAGGAAAAGAGGACCUGUCCAUAAAGAUCAGUGAUCGGGGUGGAGGUGUACCUCUGAGGAAGAUCGAUCGUCUGUUUAACUACAUGUACUCUACUGCCCCCACGCCCAGCCUAGAACCCUCCAACACUGUCCCACUGGCUGGUUUUGGCUAUGGUCUUCCCAUCUCCAGGCUGUAUGCCAGGUAUUUUCAGGGAGACCUGAAGCUCUACUCCAUGGAAGGGGUUGGCACUGAUGCUGUCAUUUAUCUCAAGGCUCUGUCCAGUGAGUCGUUCGAGCGCCUGCCCGUCUUUAAUAAGUCGGCAUGGCGACACUACCAGACCAGCCCCGAGGCAGACGAUUGGAGCAACCCGAGCAAAGAGCCACGAGACACCAGCAAAUCAAAUUACAAGGCCAACCGAUAACUCUGCCCUAAAAUGCUUCCCCCGCCCACCUGCCUGGCACACUGAACUCUGCCCCUUCAAUGAUCCCCUCGCUAACAAAAUCAUCAUGGGUUUAACUUCAGCUGCCGCGGCGACACAGCGCCCUCUCUGCAGUCAUUGAUGUUGUUGCCCCAGGGUGGACUUUGGAACAGGAUUUUAGCCCCACCCCCUGACUCCUCUGAUAGGUUAUUUGGUCAGUUGUUCCUCUUCACAAUCUGUUUUAAGUGGGACUACAGUGACCAGAUUGGUGGACAGACAGUCAGUUUGAGAUGGUUGAGUUCAGCCACUCUUUCCUUCGAUCCCUUAUCUUCAGCUUUACUGACCAAAGCACUCCCUUGUGGUUCUCUCCAGCUACUGCAGCUAGAGGCUCUGUCUUUGGGCUGGGAAAGGUUUCUGAUCUGCUCUCUCUGUGUCCAGUCUCGGUUUGUUCAGUCAAACAUAAUAGAACCUCUGUUUCUCUCUUCUCUCCCCUACAAAGCAGCUGUGACAGGCUGAGGGUUUGGUUUCAGGCCCGACAGAGAAAAGGGAAAAUGAGCUCCUUUUCUCCCUUUGAGGACAUAGUUUUGAAUGGGCACUAAUCUCAUCCACCGGCCGGCGCUCUCUGUUGAUCCGUCUGGUCUCACAGCGCCUCAGAAUGGAACUUGAAUGGGAGACUAUGGUAGGAGCGGUGAAAACAGACGUCGAUUUUAAUUGUCUGAUCUCUGUCCAUCGCCAUCUAGCCCAACCCUGAGAACAUACCCCAGCUACAUUGUGGACUUCAAAGCAUAAGUGAUUUAAAGUGAGUUCAGAAAAUCUGAAAAUAUGCAUAUUAGAAAUUGUUUUCAUAUAUAAACUUUAUACGUCAAACUCAGAAUCAAUUGGGUUUCCCCAAAAUAAUAUUGUUUAUGUAAUAGAACAUUUAUUUUGAUUAACAAUUUUGCAAAGUCCCAGCUAAUAAAACGGUUGAUAUCUCUCACUUCCUGUCGGUUACCACUAGCUUCCACUGUCACAAAGUCAACAUUGGCUACAAAAAUGUACUUUGUGGUAUUAAUUUAAGGUUAGGGUUAAGUAUAAAGUUAGCAGUUUGGUUAAGGUUAGGUUUAAGAAGAGACAUAUUAGAGAUAGGCAGGGUUUAUGACUUUGUGGCUGUGAUAACUAGUGACGACCCUCUCCUGCCUCAAUUUAAAGACAUGCCUCAUAGUUGUGUGAUUCGCUUAGAAUUUGACUUGAUUAGCAUGGCACUCAGUAAAUCAACACGCCCUAAGGUCUAACCAGUCCCACCCUAUUACAGUCCCUGCUAUCUGGAGUCCUUGGGACGUCCCUACCCCAUUGAAGUUGAAAUGUAAAAGGGUUAAGGUAGGGACAUCCCAAGGAUUCCAGAUAGCAAUGACCACCCUGUUACCAGACUAUGUGCGCCAGCAAUUCGACCCGGGCACGAGGUUAAUUAGGCACAAAGAGGGUCAGGGUGGGCAGUUGUCAUAGUUACGAUUGUCAUGGGUACAGUGGCGUGGCCAGUGCCAAGUUGUAGAAAAGAGAGUUGCAGUGACUAACUAGACCUAUAAGAACAUUUUAGGAACGAUGGGAACAAGCUUUAAACUAACUAAAGAUAGUUAUUAUGCAUUACGCAUGUGGCAUUAUAUUAUAGAAAGCAUCCGGAACAAACAGAUGUAUUUUUUUAUUAAUUAUUAUUCCAUUAUAUCAGAAAGAGGGGGAGACUUAGAACUCUGAGGAGUUAAGAAACAGUAUUGCAUGACAAAUGCCCCGAUGGCUAUAGUUUCAUUUCAACUGUUUUAUUAUGUUUUUACUGUGUUGGAUUGAGAGGAGAACCUAGUGAAAUAGGCAUCCUCAAUCUUUGCCCCAGAUCCUAACCAGCGAUACUGAUCCUUCCUGAACCCUUCGAAAGGUUAAAACUGUAUACUCAGACAGCCCACCUAGCUGUCUUGCCCCCUUUCUAAAAACCUUUGGCGUUAAUUAGUUUCUAUUGGACAACUUGGUGCCCCAUUUAGGAGGUUUUCUAUGGGAAACACUGCUCUGAGUCUCAAAGAAAAUGGAUGUUUUCAGGAUGCUAAUGUUAACUAACGAUGGUUCACCAUGUGAGCCUUGUCUUUCCUGUAGCUUAUUGCUUAUAAACCUCUCCAGCAUGACAUGUGUUACUGUUAACCCUCCCAGCUCCUUCCACACCCUGAUAAGACAAUGCAAAGGCUACAUGACCGAUCCUAAAGAUGGCUACAUUUUGUUAGCCUUGUAUUGUCCAUCUGUGGCACCAUCAACCCUGCAAAGCAAUAUGAACAUUCUCACGUUAACCAAGACUAUCGCUAACAACGCCACACCGACUCAACCUUGUAAUUCACCUAGUAGUGGUAUUACUAAACCUUCUGAACAUUGAACGAGCUUGAACAUCAACUAGUAUUUUGAAUGGUUUUCCGAUAAGACAUGUAAUAGCUGUCAUUGGUUGAAGUGUGUGAAUAACGCUCUUCAAGGAUGGAAGGGAUUGGAUGAGAUUAAUAUUUGUAUUUAAGUGUGAAGAAGAAUCUGUGGCAUUGUAGUGGUGUACAACAGCGGGCAUUUUGAAACUCCAUUGUUUGUGCAGGAGUAUGGACCUGAACAAAUAUCUUGUGUUCCUUGAAACAAGGGUUAUUUUGCAUAGGAAAAUGGUUGAUUCUUGAUCAUUUGUUUUUUACUUCAAUUGUUUUAGCAUUUAUUUUUGUGUAACUGGAUGAUGAUUAUUCCAGAGGGCUCUUUCCCUCUUUUUUGAUUUUAAAAGUCAUCAUCUACAGUAUACACACACCGUUUUUCUUCAUCAAUGUCUUCGUAUGUGGAUUACAUUUCAUUCAGGCCUCUCUGAUAAGAAUCAAUUGUCUUAGUUAACUCUGGGAUAAUAUUAGCUUGUUUGUUUGUGUUUCUAGUUAUCCUCAUUCUCAUUGGCCGGUUUAUGAAAAGUGGGGCCAAACUUGGACCAAUCAUGGAGCGCUGAUCUGACAUCAUCCAUUCUCAGUUUUCAGCAAAACCUGAACAACUCAUUCCAGCACUGCCAAGGAGGCACCUAAAAUGAGUUUAAGUGGGCUUAGCUGUAGAUAAGGUAGUGAAUCCUUCUUUACCUUUUUGUACCUCUAAGGUAUUAGUAGCUUAUAUAGUAUGGUAAUAUAUUGAACUGGUGUGAAGUGAUGACUCAUACAUCCUUUCUAUAUCUCUGAUGUAAGAGAUGACUGAGCACUUUGUAUGAACUCCUCCCUGUAGAGAAAGUGUGUGCAGACGUAUGCAGCCCAUCUUAUCACAAAACAGUAACUUUUGUAUGCAUACAUGUGCUACAGUAGCGGCUACCGUAGAUAGUAGACACAGUGAUAUACAAUCAUAUAGAGGUAUUCAGCAUGAGGUCAAGCUUGCAAUACCUACUGUCAAUUUUCCAAAGCUACAAUAAAGAGAACAAAACAGCUAGUUUUUUUUUCUAUG